AUGGAGCGGAAGGAAAGAGCAACAGACGGCGAGAAGCAAGAGAAUGAAUCGACAAGCAGGACGACGAAAAAUCCAAGAACGAAGAAAAACACCACCAAUGCUGCUGCAGCCGCUCGAGAUGCUGCAUGCGCCAAUUCUUCGCGGCAUGGAAGCAGCCAAUUCGACAUUCUCUCGGUCGUGGAGGCGCGGUUGCGCAGUAGUGAUUCUGCUGAGGUUCAAGCUGAACGACGCAAGCUACAAGCCAUGGAAGAACAAGCACAAGCACAAGCACACAGGAACACAAACCACGAAUCUGAAGCGGGAUCAACUCCAACUACUAGUACUAGUAGUACUAGCGGUACUGCCGGGACACACAGACAUACACAUACCCAUACCCAUACCCAUGCAGCCUUGCAUACCGCUACGAGACCCCAGAGCCCACCUACAUGUAGUACUAGACCAAGGAAUGAAAAGCAGCUGCCUAUAGAAUCUGAUACUGGUAUAGAUACCGGUAUAGAUACCAACCAUCAAGACGACAGUGACUCGGAGGAACUGGAUCUCCUGAAAUUGGUGGAAGCUCGCAUUCAAGAGCAUCGGUUUGGAGAAACAACAUCGUCUGGUUCCACCCAAAGGGAUAAUUCCAGUCAGGAACAGGAACCAAAUACAGGUACAACCACGUCUACAAGUCCCAAUUGUGCCGCAGCACCAGCUUCACGUGUUCGUCGUCCAUGUACUGCCACCGGUAGCCCAGGUGCCUAUUCGGAAGCACCAGGAGAAUCCAUAAGGCGGGCCGAACGAUUGCGCUUUUCUUUGGUGGGACAGAUUCCGGAAAUGCUAGUAGGAUCAGGAUCAGAAUCAGAAUCAGAUGGAAACGUACCGCCAACCACACAAACACUCAAGGAUAUGGAAGAAGGCGCAAUGUCACCAGCUGCAACGGAGGACACCGGGCUGGUUGUGGCCCAACCUAUUCAAGAACAAGAUCCACCAUCAAAACAGGGGCUUCCAGAAGCAGAAAACUUUGAUACCGACAGCUACCAUAGUCGGAUCUCGCAAAAGGAGGAGGAGCACAAAAUCUAUCGAACCAGAAUACAAUUGACGCUCCUAGGCCUAUUGAUUGCGAUCAUUGGGGUGGUUCUCGUCAUUGUAUUGGUUGAUAACGGUAGCCCUCAAACAUCAUCAGGCAACAAUAUUACUGGUCCAUCCGAUCCAUCUACCUUGUCAUCCGAAGCCUACCUCGAAUCUCUCCUUCCAGACUACACACUACAAGCAAUUCACUAUGCAAACAACACCGAUAUGUCCCCACAGUACCAAGCUUGGCAAUGGUCAUUAGAAGAUCCAGCUCUAAGAACCUACCCGGAAUGGAGGGUGGUCCAACGAUUUGCCUUGGUUUGCUUCUACCAUGCCACGGGAGGGGCACGAGACAAGUGGGAAAACAAUUCUCAUUGGUUGUCCUAUCAACAUCCGGAAACCGAAUGGUACAAUCACAAUCCACUGGAGUAUGGCAUUGUAAAGAAUGGCACUUUACAGGCCCUCCUUGGUGGCGAGGAAGGACGAAUCCAGUAUCUAUCAUUGCCGGAGAAUGGUUUGGAAAACAGCCUGUUGCCUCUCGAGCUGUAUCUUCUCACAGAUUUGAGAUUCUUAAGUCUCUACAAUACAAAUGAUGGAUCAUUUGAAGAAGAAGACGGCAUUGAGAACAAUCGUUUCGAAGGGACAAUCUCAUCACACAUUGGAAUGCUGACUCGCCUUGUCCACUUGAGCAUUGAAAACAACAACAUGUCAGGCAGUCUUCCAAGCGAGGUGGGUCUGCUGUCUGCCUUGACAACCCUGUCCGUCUCUGGCAACUCUCUGCAUGGUCAGCUGCCGACAGAAAUUGGAAAGGCAAAGCAGCUGCAAUACGUCUACUUGGAAGGGAACUCAUUUUCCGGGAACAUCCCCUCCGAGAUCGGAUUGCUCACGAACAUAGAACAUCUCCGCCUGAAUUCAAAUGGCAUUGGAGGAUCACUGCCGAGCGAGCUAGGGCUCUUGUCCCAGAUGUAUGAUUUCCGCGCACAAGAGAAUCUGUUAGAUGGCAGCAUUCCGUCGGAGAUUGGCGCAUGGUCUCGAGUAGGUGUGAUGGAUCUAUCCCUGAAUGGCAUCACUGGAGCGCUUCCCACCACCUUGGGCCUGCUGGGAGACCUUUUUGGCUUGGAAUUGUACGGCAAUUGGAUGACAGGCGAGGUUCCUUCGGAGUUUGGUUUGAUGUCCAGCUUGCAGUACCUUUACCUGGAAGGCAAUAUUCUGUCUUCCUCCGUGCCAUCCGAAAUUGGCAGCAUGACAUCUUUGAUUCAACUGCACCUGAACGAGAAUAUGCUUUCGGGUCAGCUUCCAAGUGAACUCGGUCUUCUCGAGGAGCUUGCGUAUUUGAAGGUAUCUGGCAACUCCUUAAUUGGCAGCAGCCUUCCAACCGAACUGGGCAAUGCCAAGUCGUUGCAUACAUUCGAGGGCGGUGCGUGCGGGUUUACUGGUCCUAUUCCUAGCGAAUUGGGUCAACUGGAUGGUUUGGCGGAGCUUUCUCUGUACGAGAAUGAGCUGACGUCUAGCAUUCCUGAAGAACUUUGGGGCGCCAAGAACAGUAUUGAUAAUGUCUCGUGGAGCAAGAUGAAGAUUUUGUACCUGGACCAUAACUUAUUGAGUGGUUCUAUUCCGGAAUUUCCUGUGAAUGGUGGAGAGUGGCAUUUGCAAGAGCUAUUUCUGCAAGGCAAUGUGAAUUUGACGGGCAGCAUUCCAAGUGAGAUAGGCCGACUGCAGCAUUUGAAGAAGCUUGGUCUGUAUGGCUUGAAUUUGUACGGGAGCAUCCCGUCGGAGAUUGGUUCCUGCUUUCAACUGAAUGAAAUUGUUUUGCGAGACAAUGUGAAUCUGACGGGGAGCUUGCCAAAGGAUCUGUCCGAAUUGGCGAAUUUGGAUCGUUUGGAUUUGACCGGAUGUGCUGUUGGUGGUCGAGUCCCCGAGAAGCUCUGCGACAUUGCUGAAUUUUCGUUUGACUGUUCUCCAAGCUUACUCUGUGGGUGUGAUUGUGGGUGUUCCUAA